GACCCAGGCGCUUGCACCAUGACCGGGCCCAGCCUCACUUGCUGCCUGCUCGGCCUCCUAUCGCUGACCUCGGCCUGCUACAUCCAGAACUGUCCCCUGGGAGGCAAGCGGGCCACGCUGGACCUCGAUGUGCGCAAGUGCCUCCCCUGCGGCCCCGGGGGCCAAGGCCGCUGCUUCGGACCCAGCAUCUGCUGCGCCGACGCCCUGGGCUGCUUCGUGGGCACCGCCGAGGCGCUGCGCUGCCGCGAGGAGAACUUCCUGCCGUCGCCCUGCCAGUCGGGCCGGAAGCCCUGUGCCGGCGGGGGGCGCUGCGCGGCCGACGGGGUCUGCUGCAGUUCGGACGGCUGCCGCACCGACCCCGCCUGCGACGCGGACGCCGACGACGAGGCCGCCUUCUCGGAGCGCUGAGCCCUGAUGGCCCGGACGCCCCA